AUGGCCUCAUCAUCGCGUGAGUUACUGUCGCCGAGUUUGAAAGCAAAAGCGAAACGAGAGUUGCGAGAGCAACCGGAGCACAUCGAUGCACACGUGGAGAGUUUUCGACGGUGGAUUAAAUCGUUACCGCAUAUCACUUUCCCAUGUGAACACCACCUACUGAUUCCGUUUCUUCGCUACGCAAAAUACAAUCAUGCCAAGGCGCAACAACGCCUGGACAAUUUUUGCACGAUUCGUGCGUCCAAAGAGCUUGGGGCUCCACGAUGGUUUGACUUUCCACCCCUGAACGAUCCACUUUUGGAUGACUAUCUCAAGUCCGGGCAACUAAGUGUGCUGCACCAGGCCGCCUCAUGUUUCAGUCGCUACGAUAUUCGAGAUAUCCGGAUACAUCUUUGUAAUGUACUACUCAUAAGGUUGCUGAAAAUCCGUCGACAGCCCACGACCGCACACUUUCGAUGCCUAACUGCUAUGCCUUGCCGAAGGGAGCACGAGGGUUGGGAUACUGCCAGGUUGCUCGAGCCUAGUCGGGGGAAGUCGAGAAGUAGAUAUCGGGUUCGAACCACGGACCUUCCGGUCAUGCUGGACUUGGGAAGAACUACAGAAGGCCUGUCUGUGAUUCUGAUUCGGUUAGGUAACUGGAACAUGGAUGUUGUCAAUCCAUCCAGUUUGCGAUGCUUCAGCUAUAUGGAUGUCGACCGGUUUUUGUUGGAUCCGGUUUCACAAAUUGCUGGUUUUAUAUUCUUUUUUGACCUGACAGGGGUUGGUAAAAAGCACUUUGUUUUGCGCAGUAAUCAGAAGGAAAUGAGACUGGAGUCGAAAGUUUGGAGGGAUGCCUACCCAAUUCGUGUUAGACAUGUAAUUUACUAUAAUGAACCGAAAGUCAUGGAUAUUAUAUUCAAAUUCGUGGAGAUUUGGAUGAGUUCGAAAGUUCGAGAGCGUGUCGGAAAGUGUGGUUUCCUCGAGGGAGAUUCUCAACUAGGACCACAUGUACCGAUUAGUAUGAGUGUACGAUGUUUGAACAACUGCUAUGUGAUGGUUACCACGUAUCAUUUUGGGGGGGAUGCGAGAUGGCCCAAGUGGUUAGAACGCGAAUUUACUGAUCGGAAGGUCCGUGGUUCGAACCGGACCUCUGCGUCUCGACUUCCCCUGUUUAGGCUUGGGCAACCUGGCAGUAGCCCAGUCCUCAUGCAACCUUCGGGUGACAUGGCAGUUAGGUACCGAAGGGUACUACAGCUGAACGAUCAUCUGGGUGGCGUUCACAUAUCACUCCUCAUAUCCGGCCAUUCGGGAACAGCUCACGUCGUCUGCGUUACGACAGACAGAAUGAUAUUUUAUAGUGCAUUACCUAAUUUGCGCUUGUGCGGGGGCGAGAUGGACCAAGUGGUUAGAGCGGAAGGUCCGUGGUUCGAACCCGACCCCCUCUGCUUCUCGACUUCCUCUGUCUAG